UGUCGUGUCAAUCAACGUCACAUUGACAUUGACAUCUAGCAAACAACAAUAUAACCUCAAACUGUAGGCUGAGUUUCCUAUUUUAUAAUUUUUAUAUAAUUUUGAUUAUAUUUAAUAACAAAAAUAACAAUGCACUCUUUAAUAAACUAAGCAGAAUUCUGUGGAGUGCUAAAUCGAUGAAGAAUGAUGUGUUCCGCGACGUGGCAAUUGCCGAAUACUAUAGUAUUCGCAAUCAUCCAAUUGUAAUCUAAUACGCACAGAAUACACUAUCUUUAUUGUAAAUCUAGUUCGUUACGAAAGUUUGUAACGAAUGGACUGAUCUGUUGUCAUUCAUCAAUUCCAUUGAUAAUUUGAAAAGGAUUGGAAUUAAUAAUCGUUCAAGUAGCCGCAAAAAUAUCAACUUAAUUAUGUCUCAAGACUUCAAACACCUGAGCAAUGUGUCUCCACUUCUUACUGAUGAUAGUUUGAGCGAAGCCUUGACAGAAUGGUUCCAAGAGUCUAUUGUGUUCACACACUGGGAGUAUGUAAGUGAAACAAACAAAGGUGAUUCCUACUUAAGUGAACUUAUGCGCAUAAGGAUUUAUGGUACAAACCAAAAUAAUGACUUGAAGCAAGUGCAAGUAAUUUUAAAAAGCAUUCCAAAAAGUUUAUCCAGAAGACUAACCUUUAGAAGUGAUGAAUUUUUCAAGAAUGAGAUCAAUUUCUAUGAGAAAGUUUUACCAGAAUUAUUAAAGUUUCAAGAACAGAAAGCACUCUCAGAACCAUUCGAAAAGUAUGCUAAGUUAUUCUUAGCUCAAUCGGAUGGUAAAAAUGAUGUCAUAUGCUUAGAAGAUGCUACGUUGCAGAACUUUGGAUCUGCUGUAAGGCAAACCGGAAUAGACUUUAUACACUGUAAGCUAGUUUUCAAAGCAUUAGCCAAGUUUCAUGCCCUUUCCUUUGCUAUGAAAGAUCAGCAACCUGAUGCCUUUAAUAACAUAAAGGAUUUAGUCUUUGAAACUUAUUACCAUGAGCGUCUAAGAAGUUGGUAUAAUCGUUUUUGGAAGAGAAUCUCCGGUAUAGCCAUAGACGCAGUAGAAAAAGAGUAUCCAAACUCCAUAUAUGUCAACAAAAUUAAAGAAUUUGCUGUCCCCCAAAGAUAUGACGAAAUGAUCGAAGCUACUUCAGAUACAACCAACUGUGUGAUAUCCCAUGGAGACAGUUGGACCAACAAUUUCCUGUUUAAGUAUCAGGAUGGGGUUCCUGUUGAUGCUAAGAUUAUAGAUUUCCAAUUGUCAAGAUGUGCUUCGCCUGUUCUCGAUGUAGUUUUCGUGAUAUAUGCUUGUACGGACAAGGAACUGAGGGAUGGACAUUAUAAGGAGCUUUUAGAUUACUAUUAUGAUGUGCUGAGUCGACAAAUACGGGAUUUGGGAAGUAAUCCUGAUUUAGUUUAUUCUAGCGAAACCUUCUGGGCUGAGGUUAAAAAGUAUUCGUAUUUCGGGCUGGCAUUCAGCUUCGAGUCUACUCCUAUGAUAGUUUUGGAGCCAGAAGAUGCUGUUGAUAUGGAUAUGAAGGGUGACAACAAACUGAAUAUUGAUGACGUUUGGCAAAUAGGUCCAUUCAAGACUAGAGAAGGUAGACUAAGGGAAGCGAAUAACAUUGUCCACUGCGUUGACAAUGGAUAUAUAUAAAUUAAAAAUAUUUAGGACUUCGAAAGAAGAUUUUACUAUAAAAAAAAUCUUAUAGUAUAUCUUUGUCUGCAAGGCAGCGCCAUCUCUUUAUAUUAUAAGGAACUACAAUGUCAGAUGACAUAAUUUUACAAGUAUCAUACAUUAGGAAAAAUAACAAAUUGAUUUUAUUAUAUUUUUUUUUAUUCAACUUACUAAAUGCUAGAUUUGUAUAUUUCAAUUAGGCACAGUUGAAUUUUAUCUAGCGAAAUAUUUUUCUUAAUUCAACAGUUUAAUGCUUAAAAAAGAAAUGCAUGCAUAAUAUUUCAAUGAACCGGUUUAUUAGGCGGUUUUCACCACUCUCUGAUAAAAUCUCUGAAAGCUUGAUUGGAAUCUGAGUAUAUAUAUCAGACAAUAGAUUAAAAUAAGUUUAAGAACUUCAAAUAUUUUUUUAUAUGGCCGUUAUUCAUCUGGACUUUAUCAAAAACUGGUAAAACAAGCCCUUUUAGUUUUAUAUCACCCACCC